AUGAAGACCACUGCAUUCGUUACGGCCGUACUCCUCGCGGGGUCUGCCUCUGCACACACCAUCUUCCAAAAGCUGUAUGUCAACGGUGUUGACCAAGGCGAGCUGACCGGCAUCCGUGCCCCGGAUUACGACGGGCCCAUCACGGACGUGACGUCGAACGACAUCAUUUGCAAUGGAGGUAUCAACCCUUACCAUCAGCCGAUGUCGACGGCUGUCAUCAACGUCCCCGCUGGGGCCACGGUGACCGCGGAGUGGCACCACACCCUCAACCAAGUCGCCAAUGACCCCGCCGACCCUAUUGACCCCAGCCACAAGGGACCCGUCAUCUCUUACCUUGCAAAGAUUCCGGAUGCUACUCAGAGCUCCGUCACCGGGCUGGAGUGGUUCAAGAUCUACCAGGACGGACUGACCGCGUCCGACCAGUCCUGGGGCGUUGACCGUCUCAUCGCCAACAAGGGCAAGGUGACCUUCAACAUCCCGAGCUGCAUCGCCUCCGGCCAGUACCUCCUGCGCCACGAGAUCAUCGCGCUCCACGCCGCGUCCAGCUACCCCGGCGCACAAUUCUACAUGGAGUGUGCCCAGAUCAACAUCACUGGCGGGUCAGGCUCGAAGUCGCCAGCGACGGUGGCCUUCCCUGGUGCCUACCACGGCACCGACCCCGGCGUCAAAAUCAACAUCUACCAGACCCUCAGCAACUACACCGUCCCCGGUCCUGCUGUAUUCUCAUGCUAA